UCCAACAGGUAUGGAAAAUUGUCGAGUUUCGUUGGCAUGUCAGAGUGCUGGUACAUGCUUUCUAUUGAGAAAAUCACUUUUUUUGAAAUCUUCAGCUCUUUGUUGAAUACAACUGUAAAGCUCUGUUGUCCUGAAUCAUUUUGGGAUUGAAUGUAGUCGAGGGCAGCUCAAACAAACGAAAAAAUGUUUAAUAGAACGCUGAUUUAUCCAAAACUUUUGACUAAGCAUGCACUUUUCCUUUACCCGCUUGUUGACAUUGUCUUGAUGUUCUGUUCUACAUUAUAGGAUGUUCGCUGAAUCAUUGUGCUGCUCAUUAUACUCCAAAUGGUGGAGACAAUACUAUAUUGCAGCGUGAUGAUGUAUGUAAAAUUGAUUUUGGAACACAUAUUAAUGGUCGUAUUAUUGAUUGUGCUUGGACAUUAGCUUUUAAUUCGAAAUAUGAUCAGUUAUUGGCAGCUGUAAGGGAUGCAACAAAUACAGGCAUUGAAACAGCCGGUAUAGAUGUUCGUCUAUGUGACAUUGGAGAGGCUAUACAAGAGGUAAUGGAAUCAUACGAAGUUGAAAUUGAUGGCAAGGUUUAUCCUGUAAAGGCAAUACGAAAUCUUCAGGGACAUUUAAUUGGACAAUAUCACAUUCAUGGCGGAAAAUCUGUUCCAAUAGUGAAAGGUGGUGAAGCGACUAAAAUGGAGGAGGGUGAAGUAUACGCAAUCGAAACAUUUGGUAGUACUGGCAAAGGUGUUGUACACGAUGAUAUGGAUGUUUCACAUUACAUGAAAAAUUUCGAUAUGGAUCAAGUACCAUUACGAUUACCGAAAGCAAGACAAUUAUUAAGUACCAUAACAAAAAAUUUCGGUACAUUAGCAUUUUGUCGCCGUUGGUUAGAUCGUCUUGGUGAAAGUAAAUAUUUAAUGGCAUUAAAAAGUUUGGUUGAUUCAGAAAUUGUCAAUUCUUAUCCUCCACUAUGCGAUACUAAAGGCUGUUAUACGGCUCAAUUUGAACACACCAUUUUAUUACGACCAACAUGCAAAGAGGUCGUUAGUAGAGGAGAUGACUAUUAA